AUGCCAUACGACUUCAGCGGCAAGGUUUGCCUCAUCACAGGUGCGGCGUCCGGCAUCGGAAGGGCCACGGCGCAGAAGAUGGCAGAUUCUGGCUGCGACCUCUCACUGUGCGAUAUCAAUCUGAUGGGCUUGCAAGAAACAAUGAGACAAUGCGGCCGCAAAUGCGGGCUGAUGGUCGUCGACGUCGGGAACUCCGUGCACUGCAACGACGUUGUGCAAGAUUCGAUCGACCGCUUUGGCCGCCUGAAUUUUGUAUUCAAUUGUGCUGGCGUCAACCCUACGGCAUACCCAUUGACUGACACAACGGAUGAGUACUACGACAAGCUGAUGAACACGAACGUGCGUGGGACAUACAAUGUGACUCGUGCUGCUGUACCCCAUCUCCAAGCUGGUGCAGCCAUCGUCAACACAAGCUCGAUCAUGGGAGUCACGGCUUCGGCCAAUUACGCAAUAUACUGUGCUACGAAGUGGGCCAUUGUAGGCUUCACAAAGCCUGGCUAUAUCAAUACUCCAACGAAUGCGGGCGUAUUAGCUGGUCCCCAGGCCAUAGCGGAAGCAGAGAAGAUGAUCGCCUUCGGCAGGAUGGGUACUGCAGAAGAGGUCGCAGAUGUCGUGGCAUUCCUCUUUAGGUGA